UCACAACAAACCAAAUAAUAACUACACAGCUGGCAUGUCUACUCUGCAGAUAUAACUGUCACAUAACGUCUUCUUUAUUCACAUGUCGUAACACAUUUUCAGAUCAAUGUUAGGAAUCCUAAUGUGACUGGAGAUCAUGGAGACUACAGAAUGUCUUAAAGAUGUUCCAGAACUUCAACUAAACAAGUCAUGCCUUUUUACCAAAACUAUUCUUGUUGAAGGGUCGGGCUUAGCCAGACCUCAAGAUCAGGCUACAUGUUCAGUCAUCGUAGAAUCAAAAGACCUUCCAGUGUCCGAUAGACAAUGUGGUGAGGGAAGCUUGCUUGUUUGUACUAUAGGGGAGCUGGACAGUGAGCAUGAUCUAUUUAUAGAUAAAUGUAUAACCACAAUGAGGAUCAAUGAAGUUGCAACAUUUCAAAGUAAAGUUGCCUUCGAGGGGUUUGAAAGGCCAUGUGUAGUUACCAUAACACUUCAACACUUUGAAAACCCUUCAGGAUGGCCACUUUUGACCAACACCCAGAAAUACGAGAAAGCAAAAGAACACAAACAAACCGGGGUGGAACUGUUUAAACAAGACCAAAUAAAAAGUGCCUUCAGACAGUUCAGUAAAGCAACAAAGUACCUCCUCCUCAUUGAUAAAAGUACGGAAGUCCAGGAAUACUUUGAAAAGCUACUUUAUGAAUGUCAUCUCAACCUGGCAGCCUGCCAACUCAAGUUUCCCUCGGCAGCAGACCAUGUUAUCACAAAUUGCUCAAAGGCUUUAAUUCUGGAUAACAAAAAUGUGAAAGGCCAUGUUCGAAGAGGCCAGGCUUAUUUGUCAAAGGGAGACUACUCCGCAGCAGCACAAGAUUUCAACAAGGGACUACAGUUCAAUCCUGAAAAUAAGUUUAUCAAAAAUCUCCUCAUGAAAGCUCAUAAAGGCCAACGUGCUGAAAAUAGGCAACUAUCAUCAGGACUAAGCCAGAUGUUUACAUGAAGAUGUCGGCAAUCACUUAGGAAUUAUGACAAUCAUCAAAACUCAGGCAGAUUUUUACCUGAUAUUAUCAGUGAUCUCAAAUGUAUGACAAUCAUGUGGACUUAGCCAAAUGGUUUACUCAAA